AAAUAAAGCCCGGUCAAAUGUAAAGCUUUUAAGUUUUGCUAUUCGAUAUCUUUUAGACAUCGAACUUUCACAACUUUUAUUUUAUUUGAAGUUGCACCUAUUUUAAAAAAAUUUGAAAUAAUUAUUUCAUCCUUCUAAACAAACGACAAUGGCUAGACCCGAUAAUUAUAUUGACUGAUGAAUAUAAUUCUAUUAAUUAACAUAACCAAUUAUGUCACGAAUAUUUCGUAAGGAAUUUUACCACUCCAGAGUUAUAUUUGACCUAUUGACGUUUUUUAAUCAUUUAUUCUAAUAAAAUAUUUAUUGAUGCAAGCGAUGUAUUAAAUGUAAAGCUAAAUUUUAUUUUAAAAGUUUCAAGGUUUUAUUUGUAAAUGAAUUAAAUUACAAUCAAGAAAUCUAUUAAACCAAAGCUUAAAAAAUGUUCUUGCUAUUCACAUGUAUGACGACUUUAUUUUUGCUGGCGGAGGCUAAAAAUGUGGGACCUUAUGAAAACUUUACUAAGCCUGUUACUGAUGUUUCAAUUUUAAAUGUGACGUGGCAUAGUAUAACAGUAAAAUUUUUUCUGCAUCCUGAACUGAAGACAAGUAAUACUACAUACAUUGUUACUGUUCGAAACAGUUCUUCAUUCUAUUACCAACAUAAUAUUACACUUAUAAAUUAUGGUUGGUUAUCAUAUAAAGCAAUUAGGCUGGCAGAAAAUGCAUUGUUUUACAUUAACAUUCAAAUUCAAGAUGGCCCUUCUCUGGAAAAAGAUAUUGAAUGCAGAACAAAAGUAAAAUAUCCUCCUCCAACUUCUUUGUCAAUUCAAAAUAUAUCAGCAGAUUCAGCUGUUGUUGAAGUUGUUUUACCAACAAAUGAUCUGGAUUUCACAAUUGUUACUGAAUUUAAAGUUAAAUGUAUCCAUUUUUCUUCUUUUGUAACAUUUGAGAAUUUUUAUAACAUAAGUGAUUAUUUGAAAGGUGAUAGAAAAAUUAUUAUCACAAAUCUAAAUGAGUUUACAAACUACACUGUGUUGGUUGCUACUGGUGAUGGAAAAGUAUUUGGCAUGCAUAAGAUUAUCUUAUUCAAAACAAAAGUUAAAUAUCCGCCUCCAACUUAUCUGUCAGUCUUAAAAGUUUCAUCAGAUUCAGCUGUUAUUGAAGUUGUUUUACCAACAAAUGAUCUAGACUCUACAAUUGUUACAGAUUUUAAAAUAAAAUGUGUGCAUAUGACUACUUUUAUAACAUUUUUCGAAAGUUCUCAUAAAAUAAUGGACUACAUAAAAAGUUAUAGAAAAAUAAUUAUUGCGAAUCUGACUGAGUUUACAAACUAUUCUCUGUUUGUUGCAACGGGUAAUGGAAAAGAAUUUGGUUCAUACAAGAAUAUUUCAUUUCAAACAAAAGUUAAGUAUCCAUCUCCAACUUCUUUGUCAGUAUAUAAAAUAUCACUGGAUACAGUUAUUAUUGGAGUUGUUUUACCAAGUGAUAUGGAGCCAACAGUUGUUACAACAUUGAAAGUAAAGUUUUCUUCAGUCGCUGCAUCUUUUGAAAAUCUUUAUGACAUUAAAGAUUAUCAGUUGAAAAAUAUAACUUACCUGUUGAAAAAUUUGGUUGAAUUUACUGAUUAUGAUGUUUUGGUGUCUACUGGGAAUGGUACAGUUUUUGGCGUUGAUAAAAAAAUUUCUUUUCAAACCAAAGCACGACCUUUCAUUUUAUAUUGUAAGAAUGAAAAAUAUAGAGGAGUCACCUGGCCAACAAUUCCUUCUGGAAGAACUAUAUCAUUAAGUUGUCCUAGAAAUUCAAAAGGAAAUGUCUCCAGGAAGUGUGUUGAUGGGGUUUGGCAAAAGGCUGACAUUAAGAAUUGUAAAUCAGACAAAAGCUUUUCAUUAUCUGAAGUUAAAUCACUUAUGGAUAUUUCAAAAGAGUCUGUGCGACUUUCUUCGUAUGUUAAAGAUAGUAUACAGUUUGGUAGUGACCUUUCUGGUGUUAUUGAUGCUGUUGAAUCUCUUGUGAAAAGUUCACAAAAGUUAUCUCAACAACUCUCUAACUUCUCUGAGACUAUGUUAAAUAUAACAAAUCAUUUAUUGGGUAGAAACUCUACAAUGUUUUGGAAUGAUUUACCUAAGGAUAAGCAGUCUAAAGAUGCAAUAAAGUUGUUAAGGGCUACAGAUGAUGUUAUUGAAACUGCAUUUCAACUUAACAACCACACUUCAAAAGUAAUUUCAUCUGAAAAUAUGGUUAUAAAUAUCAAAAAACUUCUGCCUGGUGAAAAACUUGUUAGAUCUCUAGAAAAUACUGUGCAAGUCCCUGAAUAUAUGUUGACUGAUGAUGGGAAAUCCACUUUGGUUGUUGCAACUUUCAAUAGAUUAGAUAAGCUUAUUGGUAUUCCUGAGGGGUCUAAGCUCCAAAAAUUUGGCUCGAAUCUUACACUUAAUUCAAAAAUUAUGACAGUUUCAAUAUUUCCUCAACGUCCUUCACCAUUUAUAAAUCCUGUUGUCAUUGUUCAAAAGUUAGAAAAGUUUCUUAAUGGGUCAACUCCUAACUGUGUAUAUCUUGACAAUUUUAAUGGUAGUUCCUUUUGGUCUGAUAAUGGUUGUAAGAUGAUUAAGUUUAAUGAAUCUCAUGUGACCUGUCAUUGCAGCCAUCUGACCAACUUUGCUGUUUUAAUGUCUGUUACAGAUGCUAUAGAGAAUUUAUCAGAAACUCAUGUGAUGGUAAUGGACAUGAUUACUGCUUUUGGAUUAUCAAUAUCUCUUAUCACAUUAAUGCUUUCGUUUCUUUCCUUUCUUUUUAUAAAAACAAUUAAAUCACUUCGUAAUACCAUCCAUAAAAAUGUUGUUUUUGCAUUGUUUGUGGCUGAAUUAAUUUUUUUAUUGGGUAUUGACAAAACAGGAAAUAAGAUAGGCUGUCAAGUGAUUGCAGUGCUGUUGCAUUAUUUUUUCCUUGCUUCAUUUUUCUUAAUGGCAUUUGAAGGAAUAGUUCUUUAUAUGAUGCUUGUUCAAGUGUUUAAAUUACUUGGUAAUCCAUCAAUUCAAGCCAUUAAAUAUAUUGCUGCUUGUUGGGUUUUCCCUGGUUUAGUUGUGAUUGUCAAUCUUUUGAUUGAUUACAAUGCUUAUGGUAAACAUAGGAAUCACUGUUGGUUGUCUGUCAAAAGUGGAUUUAUAUGGAGUUUUGUGGGACCGGUUUUAUUUGUCAUAUUUAUUAACAUCUUGAUAUUCAUUAAAUCUUUACAUGUGGUUUCUGUGAAGUCAAAAAAACGUACUUCAAAUAUUGCUGAAUUGUGGUUUUGGAUAAAAAGUACAUUUUUGCUUAUCUGUCUUCUUGGUAUUACAUGGAUUGUGGGGAUCUUUUACAUUGAUUCUAGAUCACUUUUCUUUGGAUAUGUUUUUACUAUAAUAAACAGUCUUCAAGGCUUUUUGAUAUUUUUAUUUCACUGUGUAUUUGAUUCUAGGGUUCGAAAAGCUUGGUAUGAUUUUUUUUGCUGUAAAUUUGGUGAAGAUAAAGAUCUUAAUUUACUUCAAAGCCGAAUUAAUUCUACUUCAAUUUCCUCCAGAUUUUCAUUUAGCAAAAAAAGUAGACAAAGUUUUAGUAGUAUAAAGAAAAUUAAAAAAGAUGACACGCCUGAAAAUAGUCUUGCACUUUUGACGGUGCCCCAUGUCACAGAGCACCGCGGAAGUGCAUUUAACCAGAAGGUUCACGCCUCCUUUCUUACCGUCGCGAAAUAUGGCCACAUUUAUAAUGCAAAUUCAAAGUGCUGAUUCAUACGAGAUUUUCCUUCUUUGUUGCAAAAGUUGCAAAUAAAUAAAAAGCAAUACAUCGGAAGUAAAAAGAAUUCUGUGUUUGUUAAUUCCGUGUUUGUUAGUUAAAUAACAUUGUCAUCAUUACAAGCACUUAUGCAAUAUGGAUUUUAUUGUGUUAUGUCAUCAAUAUAAUAUAAAUUUGCCUUAUUUAAACGUAUACAUGUGCAAAGUGCUUAAAAGAAUUAAAAUAAAUACAAAUUUUAUGUUAUGACUUAAUGAUCCAGUCAAUGAUCGGAUGUUAUCAAUAGUUUUUUGUGGUUUAAAAUGAUUUGUGUUUUGCAUUUUUUGUUUGAGAUAAAACUUUAACUUUUAAAGCGGCAAUUUUUUUUUCAUGAACACAAAUAACGAGACUUUUAACCCAGACCCUAUAAACCUAUAGCCCUUUAUACCUUUUUUUUUGUUUUUAUUUUUUUCUGAAAUGUUUAUAUAAAGAUUCAUUGUUACCUUAAUGUAAUUAGUUUUACGACACUCAAUGUUAGUUAAGCUUUUUUAAAAUGAAAAGUAUAUAAAAGUAGCAUACUUAAAUAAAAGUUGGUUUAAAAUUUAAAAUAUGUUUUUAGCGAGGAUCAUUUAAAAUCUCUAUUUCAUACACAUUUUUAUACUUGGAUUAAAACUCUAAACCUGUAAAUCUUUUUGAUUUCAAUAAAAAAGUUUUUGAAAA